CUACUUUCUGUUCCCCGCCACAGGAAGUAAUGAGGUUUUCUUGCGAUUGUUUAUACUUUUUAGAUAUUGAAACAAAUAUAUAUGGUGUUUUUGUUUAAAGUAGGUUUUGAAAUUGAAAAUGAGUAGGAUAACAGCAGAAUUGACACUUAAUGACAUUGAUGAUUGGUUUAAGAUUGGAAAGAAGGCGGCAGCUAAAAUCGCCUCGGUUCCAAGCAGCAAAACUGGUGGUCGACGAAUAGACCCGAAGACUGGCGAAGCAUGUAUACGACCUGUAGAUUUGGAUGCAUUUGUUCCACAGUAUAAACGACAGGCAUCUCGGCAGGAAGAUAAGAAUUAUGCAGCAGUCUAUCAAGCACAGGAAGAGGAUGAGCUACUUAGGCCCACCCUGUCGUACCCACUGUCGACUGGCUCUGUGGCCAGUCUGGCGGGGACCAUUGAGCAGCUGGACUUGGACAGUACGGUCGGUGGCUCGUCAACCACGGUUCCAGAAGACCUGGUCCCACCCGGGGCCACAGACGUCUACAACAACUACUCCUUCAGGCACACGUAUGAUCCAAAGUUGCCCAUAACAAGUUUCAGAGAUCAGGUGAUUGCGACUAUAGAAAGCAACCAGGUGACUGUUAUCCAAGGGUCAACUGGGUCAGGGAAGACCACUCAAGUUCCACAGUACAUCCUCGACCACUACGCACAGGAAAAUAAGUUCUGCAACAUCGUCGUGACACAGCCUCGCCGUAUUGCCGUAACCAGCAUCUGUCGCCGGGUGUGUCAGGAGAGGAACUGGGAUCUGGGAACUGUGUGUGGAUAUCAAAUUGGAAUGGAUUCUAAAAGAUCAGAGGACACGAGAAUUUUGUACUGUACAACAGGAGUUUUACGAGAAAAGCUUGUCCACAAGAAAAGCAUGUCUGAGUUCACACAUGUGAUUCUUGAUGAGGUUCACGAACGAAAUCAAGACUCCGACUUUUCUCUUCUGAUUGUCCGUAAAUUGUUAAGAACUGUAUCAAGGCAUGUUAAGGUAAUUCUGAUGUCUGCUACCAUUGAAUCUGAUCUGUUUGCCAACUACUUUGCUUUGCCAGUUCGUGAUCGGCUAGAGCCUGCACCGGUUGUGUCUGUUGAAGGACGUGUGUUCCGCGUGUCCGAGUUCUACGCUGAUGAUUUGUCUUCUCUUGGAGAGAUUCCAGAGUUGCAUGAUAGUGAGCCUCAUCUGAAUGACUUGGCGGUCGACAUGGCAAUCCGGCUGAUUCGAGAAUUUGACAACCUGGAAAUGAAGGAACAAGGCCGAGAUCCUGACACUGGUUUUUCACCUGUCCGGGGAACAGUUUUAUGCUUUCUACCUGGCUAUGGUGAAAUUGAUGAUAUAUUCACAAAACUACGACAGCAUCAGCGAGCUCAUGAGUUGACAAUGAUCCCUCUUCAUUCAACUGUCACAUCAGAAGAACAGAUGGAAGUGUUUCGACCAGCCCAGCCUGGAAAAAGAAAGGUGAUUCUUUCCACAAACAUUGCAGAAUCUUCCAUCACGGUACCAGACAUCAAGUAUGUGAUUGACUUCUGCCUGACAAAGAACCUGGUGUGUGACCCUGACACGAACUUCACACAGCUGCAGGUGGAGUGGGCGUCCAAGGCAAACUGUACACAGAGGAAAGGGCGUGCCGGGCGCGUGUCCAAUGGCCGUGUCUACUUCAUGGUUACACGGAACUUCUUUGAAAACUACCUCCCAGACUAUGGCAUUCCAGAAAUGCAGAGAUGCCCCCUGGAGCAGUUGGUGCUGAAGGCGAAGCUGUUCAACAUGGGAGAACCGAAGGCUAUUCUAGGUCUGGCGCUGUCUCCACCAAACCUCGACGACAUUGAGAGAACAGUCCUCAACCUCAAAGAGGUUGGAGCUUUGUCUACCCCAAAGAUUGGCUAUGAUAGGAACCGACAUGAUGGUGAACUGACAUUCAUAGGGCGUGUCCUGGCUGAUUUGCCAGUUGAUAUUCAUGUUGGAAAGAUGCUUAUGCUCGGGCAUGUGUUUGGGCUACUAGAGGAGUGCCUCAUUAUUGGUGCUGCUAUGUCUUUGAAGAACAUAUUUGCAAAACCUUUCCAUGGCAAACUAGAUGCUUUUAGACACAAGUUUGGCUGGGCUGCUUAUUCCUUCAGUGACUCUCUUGCUAUUUUGUAUGCAUACAAGAUUUGGGACAAUAAGAAGAAGCUUGGUGAAUUCCGCCGCAGUGGCCAGAAUCAGAUUAAAUGGGGCAAAGCCAACUUUAUCCAGAUCCGCAGGAUAAAUGAGGUUGCUGAGCUGAUCAAAGAAAUGGAACAGAGACUGUACAAGUUCAACAUUCAGAAGCCGAGAUUGAGGCAGGACCACCGGAACAUGGGGCGUCUCACUCCUGAGGAACGACUUAUCCUUAAGAUUGUGAUUGGAGGAGCUUUUUAUCCCAACUACUUCCUGCGAAAUGUGUCGAGUGAGACGGACGCAAUCCGAGAACUGUCCAACAAUGAUCCAUUGAGCACAGUUGUGGUGAAGGGACUUCCUGCUAACCAAGGCAUGCUGUACCAUUCCAAACUGGACUCCAUCUUCCAAGUGUGUCAGGCAGACCCGCCACCAAGCAUCACCUUUGAGGAGACCAAGGCAUUUAUCAAGUUUCCAUGGAAACAAGGCAUGAAAUCUGAUCAGAAAGUGCAUGAGGCUGUAUACAUGGCACUCAAACUGAGGUUGUUGAGGUUUCCACUCGAGGUUGAUAUCUACUCGCGAGAAGAUGCACUUCUCAUGAUGACAAAACUUUGUGUUUUGCAGAAUGAGGCUGCUAGCUCAGGAAAACUGCGUACUAACAGGAUUAAAGCUCCAGCAAUAAAUCUUGACCAGGAGGAGUUGGCUGUAGCGCAGGUAGUACGUCCACCACAGUCAAAGACAUCGUACAUCAAAAUGUACAUUACUGAGGUGGUUGAAUGUGGCCAUUUCUGGGCCCAGUAUGUGGAACAUGAGUCCACGCCAGCGUUUGGGCAGUUGCAGUAUGAGCUGAAUGCAAACCAGUGGGAGCUUCUGCAGCCUAUUAUGGGAAAUGUGAUGCUGGGAUCCUAUGUGGUUGCUCCAUUUAAAGACCAGUCAGUGGCAUACUACAGGGCAAGAGUGGAAAGAAUCGAGGGACAGACUCAAAACUCACGUAUUCAGGUUUUCUUCCUGGACUAUGGUAACAGUGAAAAACUUGUUAAAAGUCAGCUCAAACUUCUACCUGAAAAAUACCUCAGGAUUCCAUUCCAGGCUUGUGAAUGUUUUCUCACUGAAAUUCGACCAUCCAGUGUGAAAUGUCCAGAUGGAGUGUGGAGUCAUGCAGCCAAUGAAACUUUCCGUGAUAUGGUGCUUGGAAAACAGUUUUAUGCCAGGAUUUACUCCAUUGUCCGAGACACGUUGCGCGUGGAGCUGACCUACAACGACAUGUUCAAGAACAUGAUUAACAUAGCAUCAGAACUGAAGCGCUUCAACUUCGCAGAAGCAGCAGAAGAAUCCUUUUUGUCCAAGCAAAGCCACGAUGAACUUGCUGCCGAUGAGAUGUGUCCUCAGUCAAACCGGGAUGAUGCUGUUGGAAAAGGUCACAAGGACAACUUUGUUGAGCUCGGAAUCACAGCCUCUCAGCUGAGAGAGAUGAAGACUAGAGGAAGGAAGAUCCGACUUGUUGGUCCAAAUAAUCCACUUGAGAUGAAUUUCUCCUGCAUGACAUUCAUAGGAAGAAUGCGAACUGUGCGGAUUGACCCUGACAGUGUGAAUUGUGUAGCUGUGGAUGAUGAUCCCCAGAACCCACACCAGCGGCUCAUGGUGACAGGCUUUGUGGGUCUCAAUCCAACGGGCUCCACCGUGGUGGUUCGGGACACCACCCUGAUGCCCAUGAUCCCAGGGCUGCCUGCUCUGUUGGCACUGCUGUUUGCUCCAUGUGCAGAGUUCAGGACAGAUCCAAAGAGGAAACAUUACAUUGGUGCUAUAUGUGGACUUGGCUACGACCCAGAGACUGGCUACUCCAUUCUUCCGGACCAUGACAUGGAGAUGGAGUUUGACACAGAAAUCAAUGUUGCUGACAUCAGUAAGAUCAAUGGAAUCAGAAUGGCUAUUAACAUUGCCAUUGGGACUCGUGACACUGUGGCAGCCUGGUCAUCGGAUGCUGUGGUCAGAAUUCAGAACUCUGCAUGCACCAAAUUACUUGAAUUGCUAACCAAGAGAAGGGAAUUUAUUGAUGUGGAGGGCUUUGAAAGACCAUAUCAGUGGGACCAGGUUGACCCAGAUUAUGUGCUGGAGGAUGUGAAGAGUGAGCUGGAGUCUGAUGAGGUGAUGCUUCUCAACAAACACUGUGCUAUUGAGCUGGACGACGCAGACGAACCCGUCCGGCGCAGUGAUCAGCUUAAACUCAAUGUCCAACUCCUCCAUGAAACCGUCAACACCAACAGACAUGAUGCUUUACCAGUGAUGUGUGAACUGUGCCAUGUUAACUGUCCGAAGAUGCAGUUUCUUCACAGACACAUGAACUCUACUGCUCACAAUGAUAGGGAACGUAAACUCUUUGAGAUGUAUGAUCACCCAGCUAAGUGGUAAUACUACCGCAGUGGACUCCCAAUCUGUGAUAAUUUUUUAAGCACCAAACACUGGAAAAGAUCGGUUGCUCACUAGGAAUGAGUGAAGAAAUCUUGUAUACAAAGGAUACAAUUUCAUUAACAGAUGUUUGAGAGAAAAUAGGACUUCUUUACAUUUGAGAAUGUUUGUUUCCUACUAUGAUGUUAAGGUGACAUGCAACGAAGGAAUUGUUUACAUUCAUCUCAUUAUGAUUUUUUUGAUUUUUUUUGCAACUGAGAAUGUUUGUUUUCUACCAUGAUGUUAAAGUGAUGUGCAACAAAGGAAUUGUUUUACAUCCAUUUUGUGGACUUGUCAUGUGUAAUGUUAACAACCAUAUUGUUUCUGCCUGAAACAUGUUUUUGAUGUUUCAUCAUUAGAAAAAGUUGAACUGUUGCUGAGAAUUAGAAAUCAUUUUGUUCAUCAGAUUACAUAUAUAGCAAGCAAUGUGCUUCUUUGUUUAUCAUAAAGUACUAUUAUUUUCAUUGUCAUCAAGAACAUUUAAUUUUUUCUGAUUUAAUUUUACGACAGGUAACACUUUGUGUUAUUAAUAUUAAUCACACUUAACUAUAUCAUUAUACCACAUUUUCAUUGAU